AUGGAACCUUCGAGUAGAGCACACGCCGAGGCCCUGGACCAGAGAGACGCGCUGAGGCACACGCGGGACGAAUUCGUCAUCCCGACCAAGCAAGAGAUCACCAGCAAGACCCUCGCCAAGAAAGAUGACGGCUCUGCCGCUCCCAGCGCUGGCCAGCAGAAGUGCACCUACCUCUGCGGGAACUCGCUCGGUCUGCAGCCCAAGCGCACCGCCGUGAGGAUUCAGCAGUAUCUGUCCACCUGGGCUACGCAGGGCGUCCAGGGCCACUUCAAACCUCUCGAGGACUCCCCGUUGCCGACAUGGCUCAACGUCGACGCGAAGGCGGCUAAGAUGAUGGCCCCCAUCGUCGGCGCCGACGAGUCUGAGGUGGCCGUCAUGCAGACCCUGACGGCGAACCUCCAUCUCCUCAUGGCGGCGUUCUACAAGCCCCAGAAGGAAGGCAGGCAUAAGAUCAUCCUGGAGAGCAAGGCCUUUCCGAGCGACCACUUCGUCGUGGAGACUCAAAUCAGACACCACGGCCUCUCACCUUCAGAGUCAAUGGUCUGCAUCGAAGCCCCCUCAGCAUCGACGGAGCCAACCCUCACAACCCAACACAUCCUCUCCACCAUCGAGCACCACGCCUCGGACACCGCUCUCCUCCUCCUCCCGGGGAUUCAGUACUACACAGGUCAGCUCCUCGACAUCCCGACCAUCACCGCUUUCGCGCACAAGCACUCCAUCCUCGUCAUCUGGGAUCUCGCCCACGCCGUCGGCAACGUGCCCUUGAAGCUGCACGAGUGGGACGUCGACGCCGCGGCGUGGUGCACGUACAAGUACCUCAACGGCGGGCCGGGCUGCAUCGGCGGCUCGUUCGUCAAGUCGAAACACACCGCCGUGACGACUUCGGUCGAAGAUCCGGACUCCGAAAAGGGGUACGUGAACCGGCUCGGCGGGUGGUGGGGCAACGACAAGUCGUCCCGCUUCGUCAUGGCCACAAAAUUCCACCCGGCGCCCGGCGCCGCCGGGUUCCAGCUGAGCAACCCGAGCGUGCUAGACAUUACAUCUCUGUGCGCAUCGCUCGAGGUGUUUGAGCUCGCCGGCGGCGUUGGCGCGCUGAGAGAGAAGUCGUUGAGGCUGACGGGGUACCUGGAGGAGCUGCUCGGGGCGAUGCCGGACAAGGAGAGGGCGCUGUUCCGCGUCCUUACGCCGAGGCGGCCGGAGGAACGUGGCGCACAGUUGAGCUUGUUGCUGGCGGACGGGCUGCUUGACGGUGUGAUGGACUUCUUCGACGAGGUUGGUGUGGUUAUCGAUGAGAGGAAGCCGAAUGUCAUCCGGGUCGCGCCGGCGCCGCUGUAUAACACAUUUGCGGACUGCUUUGACUUUGUGGAGCAGUUUGGCAAGGCUUUGCAGAGAACAAGCAAGAGCACGUAG